AUGACCAGAACGUUCGACGUUGAUCAUGUCCUAGCCAACAUCAGCGACCAUGACAAGAUCGCCCUCCUUUCGGGGAUUGACUUCUGGCAUACACAUCCCAUUCCCGCGUUCAAUGUCCCUUCAGUUCGCUGUACAGAUGGACCCAAUGGUAUUCGAGGCACGAAAUUCUUUGCCGGAGUCCCCGCCGCAUGCCUCCCAUGCGGCACAGCGCUAGGCGCCACUUGGGAUAAAAAACUCAUGUACCAAGCGGGAGAACUACUAGGUGAUGAGUGCCUAGCAAAGGGAGCCCAUUGUUGGCUAGGCCCCACGAUUAACAUGCAGCGCUCACCCCUCGGUGGCCGGGGUUUUGAAUCGUUCGCCGAAGAUCCGCAUCUCUCGGGGAUUAUAGCCAAAUCAAUGAUUCUAGGGUGCGAGAGCAAAGGAAUAAUCGCGGCAGUGAAGCAUUUUGUUGGCAAUGACCAGGAACACGAACGCCGUGCAGUGGACGUGUUGGUGACGCAGCGAGCUCUGCGAGAGAUCUAUCUCCGGCCCUUCCAGAUUGUGGCUAGGGAUGGAAAGCCCGGUGCGCUUAUGACUUCAUACAACAAGAUCAAUGGCAAGCAUGUCGUUGAGGAUGCAGCGAUGCUUAAUAUUGUCCGCGAGGAGUGGAGAUGGAAUCCGUUGAUCAUGAGCGAUUGGUAUGGUACAUAUACGACUAUCGACUCUAUGAACGCGGGCUUGGAUCUAGAGAUGCCGGGAGUCUCGAGGUAUCGCGGGAAAUAUAUCGAGUCGGCAAUGCAAGCCAGAUUGAUCAAACAGUCCACAAUUGAUGCGCGAGCACGGAAGGUGCUAGAGUUCGUCAAGGAGGCGAGUCAAGCAAAGGCGUCGGUGGUGGAACGAGGGCGUGACUUUCCAGAGGACAGAGCAUUGAAUCGCACUCUCUGCUCUAACAGCGUGGUCCUUCUCAAAAAUGAAGGAAUUCUGCCCUUUCCGAAGAAUAUCAGGAAAAUUGCUCUUCUUGGGUCGCAUAUGAAAACUCCGGCUAUAUCGGGGGGUGGCAGCGCAUCGCUUGAACCCUACUACAGCGUCUCGUUAUACGAUGCCUGCCUGGAGGCACUUCCCAACGUCGAUGUGAUCUAUGAAACAGGAGCAUAUGCCCACAGGAUGCUCCCAGUCAUUGAUCGUCUCCUGAGCAGCGCUGUCAUCCAUUUCUACAACGAGCCGAUGGGCAAAGAACGACACCUGCUAAGCACUCAACCUGUUUCAACAACCGGCUUUCAGUUCAUGGAUUACAAUACACCGGGACUUAACCGGGAGCUUUUCUGGGCCACGCUGAUCGGGGACUUUACGCCCGAUGCAUCGGGAAUCUGGGACUUCGGCCUCAGUGUCUUUGGCACUGCCAAUCUCUACAUCGAUGACAAGUUGUUGAUUGACAACACCACGGACCAAACUCGCGGAACUGCGUUUUUCGGCAAAGGCACCGUUGAAGAGCUUGGCUCAAAGGCCAUGGUUGCUGGGACCACUUAUAAGAUCCGCAUCGAGUUCGGCUCUGCCAACACUACCACCAUGAAGAUCGUGGGGAUGGUGAACUUCGGCGGCGGGGCAGCGAAUCUGGGAGCCUGUUUGCGAAUGGACCCGGAGCAAAUGGUAGAAAAUGCCGUGAAGGCAGCCGCUGACGCUGACUACACUAUCUUGUGCACUGGUCUGAAUAGGGAUUGGGAAUCAGAAGGAUUCGACCGAACGCAUAUGGACCUUCCACCUGGAGUUGACAAUUUGAUCUCCCAGGUCCUGAGUGUGGCGGCGAACAAGACAGUCAUCGUCAAUCAGUCGGGGACACCCGUCACGAUGCCUUGGGCUGAUCAAGCGCAAUGCAUUGUACAGGCAUGGUAUGGAGGAAACGAGACGGGCCACGGUAUUGCAGAUGUGCUCUUCGGGGUUGUCAACCCAUGUGGGAAAUUGUCUCUGUCGUGGCCGGCGGACGUGAAGCACAACCCGGCGUAUUUGAACUAUGGCAGUGUAGGAGGGCGGGUGCUAUACGGGGAGGAUAUUUACGUCGGAUAUCGGUUCUACGAGAAGACAGGGCGACAAGUCCUGUUUCCUUUCGGCCACGGCCUGUCAUACACGACCUUCACGCUUUCUCCAACUGUCACCGUCUCUCCGGAAAAGUUCGUCCCGGAUAAUCCUCCGGUCGCAACGGUACGGAUCAAAAAUGCCGGGGAUAUGGCAGGGGCACAGGUUUUGCAGUUAUACGUUUCUGCUCCAGACUCGACCACCCCGCGCCCAGAAAAGGAGCUGCAUGGAUUCGAAAAAGUAUUCCUGCAACCAGGUGAAGAGAAGACGGUCGAUAUCGCGCUGGACAAGUAUGCGACGAGCUUCUGGGAUGAGAUCGAGGGGAUGUGGAAGAAUGCAGUAGAACGCCAGGAACGACUGCUCUCGGAGAGUCUGGCUACGCGCCAGGAGCAUCAUGCUUCUCUUAUUCCUCAUCCGUCUCCCCAGCAGCAGCAGCAACUGUCGCCGGUGCUCGUCGACGAUGUAGAUCCCGAGUCGAUAUCGCGAAAUGAUGCGCUAAAGACUCCUAUCACCGGGUCCGAUAUGAUACUUAACUGGCCGAUAUUCCCCAAGGAGAAGCCAGUCUCGACAUUUCCCGUGGAAGCGUAUUCCGAAAAGUCUGAUCGAUUUCAGGCGGCCUUGCCUAGCCUAGAUCCUCAGCGAUUGCUCGAACUGCGUGAAAUCUUCAUGACCAAAAUCUGGACCAAGAACCCCAUCGUUGACCCCGACCAGUUGGAUUCUUAUAUCGCUCGCGUGCUUGAAAACGGCAUUGAGUGGACUGCCUCGUCGUGUCUGGUGCUGCUGGUCUUUGCCCUUGCAGCAAUCUGGGGGAACUAUCCCGAGGAUGAGACCAGACAGGCACCUUGCAAUGACCCCUCGUUCAAACCCUCAGUCACAUAUGUGACGCUGGCAGUUCCGGAACAUCGGAUGAAAGAGUCAUUGACGUUUCUCACCAUGGCCCGAAAACGCAUCUCCUCGGCCUAUCUCGAUGAUACCCUUCUUGGGGUUCAGUGUCUUUGCUUAUUUGGUGAGAUCCGAUACGAAUUGUCCGAUCUCCCACCAUGCGACCUCAGCCUUUCCGAUUUUCCCUUUGCCCUACCUACCUUUCCCGUUCGCCAUACCUACGGAGGUAGUCCUAGUCAGAUCUUUUCCAGCCCGUCAGCCACGGGCUUGGAAUCUGAUUCGUCAUACUACUAUCUAGCCGAGAUUUCGCUGCGCAGACUGCUCAACAGAGCCCGGAAUGCAGUCCGCGUGCUCUCCCCGAAUAUCGACCCACCAGUCAUGCAGGAACUCACAGUUACUCUUACUCAUCUGGAAGGCCAACUGCAGCAGUGGGUAGACUGCCUGCCCCAUACGCUCCGAUUCAACAUGCCUCUCGAGUCUCCACCGCAACGGCAGGAGCCCGAGCUCAUGAAGCUAGCUCGAGAACGGUAUGUCGAAGUACGUGAGCUCCUCUGUCGGGCAUAUCUUUACCUCUGUUGCCAUGCGCGGCUGGAUCGGGAGCUUGCUGCGCUGUAUGGGGUCAAAGCAAGUGAAGCUUUGCUGCUGGCCGUCUACCGGAUCCAAACCGAGGUCCAAUUCUUCCGACACCCAGGGUCAUGGGGUGCGUGUCGGGUUCGGUUCAAUCAUGCUCUUUGUUUGAUUGCUGGGUUUCGAGCAAAAGUGAAGGAAAUUCCUUCAGCAGAAUAUGUGAGCAUUCCACCCCCUUGGGCGGAAUGUGUCCGGGUGGUGACUGAGCGGUUGAAGAUCUGGGGAGAGGAGGGUGGUGGGAUCAAGGAAUUGAGCAUUCUGUUGGAAUGGCUGAUGCAUGGCCUUACAUAG